CCGCCAUGGCCCCGGCGCUGCUCCUGCUGCUGCUGUGCUGUCCCCUGUGCUGGAGCCAGCAGAGACGCAUCGAUCCCAGCCGGCCCCUCCAAAGCGCUGCCCCCCGCAAAGAGCCCGCCUGGAGCAGGAAUCCCGGGAAUUCCUUGGCAGCAGGAGGAGAAGUCGGGCCUGAAAUGCUGCAGGAAAUGAGGGAAACCAACCGGGUGCUGCUGGAAGUUCGGGAUUUGUUGAAGCAGCAGAUCAAGGAGAUCACGUUCCUGAAGAACACGGUGAUGGAGUGCGAUGCCUGCGGGAUGCGGCCGGAGGUGACGGGUCCCGUCAUCACCAUGACCCAGUUCAACCGCUGCGUGCCCAACCCCUGCUUCCCGGGCGUGCCCUGCACCGAGAGCGGCGGCGGCUUCCGCUGCGGGGCGUGUCCUGCGGGCUACAGCGGGAACGGGACCCACUGCAGCGACAUCAACGAGUGCAAUGCCAACCCCUGCUUCCCAAAAGUGCAGUGCAUCAACACCAACCCCGGCUUCCGCUGCGACCCCUGCCCGCCCGGCUUCACGGGGCAGCUGCUGGAGGGGGUGGGGCUGGCCUUUGCCAGGGCCAACAAACAGGUGUGCACCGACAUCAACGAGUGUGAGACUGGAGCUGCCAGGAAUUGUGUCCCAAACUCCAUCUGCAUCAACACCCGGGGAUCCUACAAGUGCGGGCCCUGCAAGCCGGGCUUUGUGGGGGAUCAGAGCAGCGGCUGCCGCAGCCAGGCGGCGCCGGGGGCGCGGCGCUGCCCCAACGGCGAGAUCAGCCCGUGCCACGAGAAGGCGGAGUGCAUCGUGGAGAGGGACGGCUCCCUGUCCUGCCAGUGCCUCGUGGGCUGGGCUGGGAACGGCUACGUGUGCGGGAAGGACACGGACAUCGACGGGGUCCCCGACGAGAAGCAGCGCUGCUCCGACAAGAAAUGCCGCAAGGAUAACUGCGUGACUGUCCCCAACUCCGGCCAGGAGGACGCCGACAGGGACGGGAUUGGGGACGCCUGCGACGAUGAUGCCGACGGGGACGGGAUCCCAAACGCUGAGGACAACUGUGUGUACACCAGGAACGCGGACCAGCGCAACGCCGACAGGGACAACUUCGGGGACGCGUGUGACAACUGCCGGCAGGUGAAGAACAACGACCAGAAGGACAUCGAUGGCGACGGCCGGGGCGACGAGUGCGACGAUGACAUGGACGGGGACGGGAUCAAAAACUCCGUGGACAACUGCAGGAGAGUUCCCAACCCUGACCAGAGGGACGGGGACGGGGACGGCGUGGGGGACGCCUGUGACAGCUGCCCCAGCCUCAGCAACCCUGACCAGGUACAGACCCCCCCGUGGGUCCUGGUCCAGGCCUGUCCCGUCCCUGUCCCCAGUGACGGUGACGGCCACCAGGACUCUCGGGACAAUUGUCCCUCAGUGCCCAACAGCUCCCAGGUGGACACGGACGGGGACGGGCUGGGGGACGAGUGUGACGAGGACGACGACGACGACGGGAUCCCCGACUUCCGCCCGCCCGGGCCCGACAACUGCCGCCUGGUGCCCAACCCCGGCCAGGAGGACUCGGAUGGGGACGGCGUGGGGAACCUGUGUGAGGAUGACUUCGACAGGGACAUGGUGAUCGACAGGAUCGACGUGUGCCCCGAGAACGCCCAGGUGACCCUGACCGACUUCAGGGCCUUCCAGACCGUGGUGCUGGACCCCGAGGGGGACGCCCAGAUCGACCCCAACUGGAUCGUGCUCAACCAGGGCAUGGAGAUUGUCCAGACCAUGAACAGCGACCCUGGCCUGGCUGUAGGGUACACAGCCUUCAAUGGUGUGGAUUUCGAGGGCACCUUCCACGUCAACACGGCCACGGACGACGACUACGCCGGUUUCAUCUUCGGCUACCAGGACAGCUCCAGCUUCUACGUGGUGAUGUGGAAGCAGAUGGAGCAAACCUACUGGCAGGCCAACCCCUUCCGGGCCGUGGCAGAGCCAGGCAUCCAGCUGAAGGCAGUGAAAUCCAAAACGGGGCCUGGGGAGUACCUGAGGAACUCGCUGUGGCACACGGGGGACACCACGGACCAGGUGAAGCUGCUCUGGAAGGACCCCAGGAACUCGGGCUGGAAGGACAAAACCUCCUACCGCUGGUUCCUGCAGCACCGGCCGCAGGUCGGCUACAUCCGGGCUCGUUUCUACGAAGGCCCUGAGGUGGUGGCAGACACGGGAGUUGUCCUGGACACCACCAUGAGGGGGGGGCGCCUCGGCGUUUUCUGCUUCUCCCAGGAGAACAUCAUCUGGUCCAACCUGCGCUACCGCUGCAACGACACCAUCCCCGAGGACUACGAGACGUUCCGGGUGCAGCAGGACUGAUCCCCACGGAACCUCCCUGCCCCUCCUGCUUCUGCUCCUGCUCUGAACCCUGAGCUGCCAGCGCCCUCACAGCCCCCAGCUCCCCCUCCCCACCAGCAAACCCCUGAAAACCUUCCCCAGAUCCCCUGGGAAGGGCAGAGGUGGAGACAGGGAGUGUGACAGAAGCCUGAGCUGCUGCAGCCCCACCCGGGGCCGUGCUGGGAGCUCCCUGCAGCAGCUGCCAGGGCUGGAGUCCGUUUGGUGAGGAGGAUUCCCAGGAAUCUUCUCCUGCCCAAGGCUCCCGAGUGUCAGUGCUGCUUUCCUCUUCAAGAUCUGCUGCAAAGCAAACCCAGCACAGUCCGAGAAGGAGCGGCCUCGGUACAAGUUGCUCGUUUUAAUAAAUGAAAAAAAGCACUUUAAGGAGAGAAUCUUUGUUCUGGAAUGUUGGGUAAUAAAACACUUGGAAUGCUGGAUAAUAAAUUCUAGAUUGCU